AGUUAUCAUUUUGCAAUCGGCAGUCGUAGUUCGUAGCGAUCGUUACCGCUCGGGGGACAAGGUCCCACAUUUCAGUGAAAGCGUGACGUUUCGGUACUCCUUCAUUGUGCGUGGUAAACAAACAAAAAUGACAGCAAAUUGCCUAUAUAUGAGGGUAAAGCUGAUACCAAUACACAGAAUGCACAUUCGAAUUUAUUGAACACCCUGUACGUGCUGAAGGCGAAAAUGAUCAGUAAAUUCACAACUCUGAUGCCGAUCAGUAUUCUAUUGGCAGUUUUAGUCGCCAGAUUCCUAGUAGUGGUAUCAGGAUCAAAACCUCUCCCGAAUAUAAUAUUCAUCCUAGCAGAUGACCUCGGCUGGAAUGAUGUCGGAUUUCAUGGAUCGUCUCAGAUACCAACUCCGAACCUCGAUGCUCUAGCCUAUUCGGGAAUAAUUCUGAACCGUUACUACGUCACACCGAUUUGCACUCCUUCCCGGGCGGCUCUGAUGACGGGAAAGUAUCCCAUACAUACCGGAAUGCAGCAUGCCGUUCUCUAUGGAAUGGAACCAAGAGGACUGCCCCUAGAUGAGAAACUUCUUCCGGAGUACCUGAAGGAAUUGGGAUACCAGAACCAUAUCGUUGGUAAAUGGCAUCUAGGACACUACAAGCGCAAAUACACCCCGCUGCAACGAGGAUUCGAUUCACAUGUCGGAUUCUGGACCGGCCAUCACCACAUGUUCGAUCACAGUGCCAUGGAAACUGAAACCUGGGGCCUGGACAUGCGUCGUGGGUAUGAUGUGGCAUACGAUCUGCACGGUAAGUACACUACGCACGUGAUAAGGGACGAAGCCGUAGCUAGAAUCGGUAACCAUUCCCUGUCCAGCCCGUUGUUCCUGUAUUUGGCCCAUGCGGCAGUGCAUUCGGCCAAUCCGUACGAUCUGCUACCGGCACCAGAUUCCACAGUCAAUCGAAUGAAUCACAUUGAAAAUUACCCACGGCGAAAGUUUGCAGCAAUGCUUACGGAACUAGAUGAGUCGGUAGGAGCAGUUGUUCAAGCAUUGAGCAGUCGAGGUAUGUUGAACAACACGAUCAUCGUGUUUAGCUCGGACAAUGGUGGCCCAGCGGAAGGUUUCAACAAUAAUGCCGCCUCCAACUGGCCUUUGAAAGGGGUUAAGAACACACUUUGGGAAGGUGGAGUGCGGGCAGCAUCUUUUAUCUGGAGUCCCCUUCUAGCAAAGAGUAAUCGUGUAUCUCAGCAAGUCGCUCACAUUAGCGACUGGCUACCGACACUGUUGGAAGCUGUCGGUUACGAUGUGCAGAAUCUUCCAACGAACUUAGACGGCGUCAGCUUUUGGCAGCAGCUGCAGAACGGAAACCUCACUGAUCGACGUGAAAUCCUUCAUAACAUUGACGAUAUUUGGGGUAGCGCUGCUCUGACGGUUAACAACUGGAAAGUAGUGAAGGGUACUAAUUACAAUGGUCAGUGGGACAAUUGGUACGGUCCAGCUGGAGAUCGUGACAUCAAGUCGUACAAUUCAACCUCUGUCAUCAGUAGUCCUACCGGCAAGGCUUUGAGUAAAAUUCAAAUGCUCCCAUCCGAUGACGUUAUCCUACAGCUACGAAAUGAAGCAACCGUUGACUGUGAUGAUGUGAUGAAAAUCGAUUGUGACCCUUUGAAGGCACCUUGUCUGUUCGACGUGAUCCGGGACCCGUGUGAAUUCGAAAAUCUGGCGGAGAAAUUUCCAACCAUUUUAGAGAGUAUGUUGAAAAAACUCGACGCAUAUAACGCCACAGCUGUUCCACCCGGAAACAUGCCAUUGGAUUCGCGAGGAGAUCCCCGAUUCUGGAGCUAUACGUGGCACAAUUUUGGAGAUGAUCUGCAAUCAUAUCAAAUAUUGGAAAAUUAAAAACAAAAAGUAAUUUGAUUACGACUAUGUGUAUUUUUUCGUUUCGAAACGAUUC